GUUAGACAGGGUGGAAGCAGCAUUAAACUCCGAGCACACACACACACACACACACGGUGUUUAACGCGAGUUUAUUCAGCGGAUUAGGAUCAGCGCUCCGAGCGAGGCGGCUUUAAUGAGCACUAAUUAAUCUGAGAGAGGAGAUGAAAGGAGCUCGGGUUAAACCUGAGGGAAAAGCUGGUAGGAGUGUGAGUGGCUGAGAGCUGAUGCAGUAGCUGCUGGACUGUCGGCUUGAACACAGCUGCAACGAGAAGAACGUCGUGAACAUGAGAUGGUGUGAAAGAGGGUUCUCCGUAUCCUGGCAACAACACUAGUACGGAGACCUGUGAUUGGCCAAGCCUGCGUCGCUAACGGCAACAGAACUGUAGUGACCGCUGAACUGUAGUGAAAGGAACUAGUAGACGCUGGAUAUACUCUAACCACACACACACACACACACACACACACACCCUUCCCAGUUCCUUGUCUCAGAUUUAGAAUUUAUUCUGAGAUUUAGGUUUAUUUCCGAUGUUCCCACCAGAGCAGGAAGUGAUGUUAUGAACCGGCGCCAGCGAUGCACGCUCUCGCAUGCGUCGGUCGUGUGUGUGAGCUCGCAGAGAUCUAAAUCGUAUAACUCGUUUCUGAAGAGUUCGUCCCCCACCAGUGCCUUCUGUAUCAGAUCCCAGAGAUAGCCACUUCCUCGUUGUUUAUAUCUCGACCACCAUGUUCUAGUUUAUUACAAUUAAACUUCCUUCGUGCGUUAAUGGACGCUCUGCGUGCCGUCUCCGUCGCCCGACCGCAGCUCCGUUAUCAGAUAUGAGACCUCCGUAGACUGAGGUCACCUCAAACUCGCUUCUGUUUUCGUUUUAAACGCCUCGCCGAGUGAACCGGACUCACCAUGCCCACCCUGACCUCCAAGUGGCGCUAUCUGAUCAUGCUGCUUGGCGUGCAGCUCAUCGUCAUGGCCCUCCUGUCCAGAGAGACUUACCAGAAAAGAGUGACGUAUUUUUUCCGGAUCUUCCGCAAACUGGAUGUGCUGAGCGGCGUCUCCGGGUCGGGAACGGCUCACGGGACGAACCACACCGGCGCCGACGUCUACGCCAACCUGUCCCAACUGGCGCUGUUGUCCAGGAGUGAGGACAUGCGCUACUGCCCUAACACAUCACCACUACUCAGUGGGCCGAUCCACGUCAGCUUCCCCUCAGGACUCACACUCGCUCAGGUGGAGAGGAAGAAUCCCCUGGUGGUGCGCGGGGGACGCUACAGGCCUCCGGACUGUGAGGCCCGGCAUCGCACCGCUAUAAUCAUUCCCCACAGGAACAGAGAAAAGCAUCUGAAGUUCCUCCUGUACUACCUACACCCGUUCCUACAGCGACAACAGCUGAGCUACGGCAUCUACGUCAUCCACCAGGCCGGUAACUACACGUUUAACCGGGCGAAGCUGAUGAACAUCGGGUUCCGUGAGGCGAUGAGGGAGAUGGACUGGGACUGUCUGUUCUUCCACGACGUGGAUCUGAUCCCCGAGGACGACCGCAACACGUACACGUGCGACAAAAACCCCAAACACGCCGCCAUCGCCAUGGACAAGUUCGGCUACAAAUUGCCCUAUAAGGCGUAUUUCGGCGGCGUGUCAGCACUGAGUCCUCUACACUAUCUGAAGAUGAACGGCUUCCCCAACAACUACUGGGGCUGGGGGGGUGAAGACGACGACAUCGGCAUCCGCGUGUCUCUGGCCGGGAUGUCCAUCAGUCGUCCGUCUCUGAGGAUCGGCCGCUACAAGAUGAUCAAGCACAAACUGGACGAGGGCAACGAGGUCAACCCUAAAAGGUUCAGUUUGUUGGCGAAGACGCAGCAGACGUGGAAGUCGGACGGGAUGCACUCGGUGGAGUACGAGCUCCUCUCCCGGGAAUACCUGCCGCUCUACACCAACAUCACCGUCAACAUCGGCACCGAGCGCGGCCUGCGACCUCUGACCCCUAAACCCAAGGCCAAAGAGCGUGCAGAGAACCGACCUGGACGCUGACACACGCUGACCCCACACACACACACACACACACACACACACACACCACACACACACACGCAAAGAGAGUGCAGGGACGACGUCUGAAUGGAGUGCGUAGUUUGGGGGCGGAGCCUCUUUAGUGCAUAAAUCAGGUUAUAAACUCUAGUGCCAUCUCUUCCUCUCUCUCUUCCUCUCUCUCUCUUCUUCUCUCUCUUCCUCUCUCUCUCUCUCCCCUCUCUCUCUCUCUUCCUCUCUCUCUUCCUCUCUCUCUCUCCCCUCUCUCUCUCUCUUCCCCUCUCUCUCUUCCUCUCUCUCUCUCUCUCUCUCUCUCUCCCUCUCUCUUCCCCCUCUCUCUCUUCCUGUCUCUCUCUCUCCCCUCUCUCUCUCUCUCCCCUCUCUCUCUCUUCCUCUCUCUCUUCCUCUCUCUCUCUCUCUCUCUCUCUCUCUCUCUUCCCCUCUCUCUCUUCCUCUCUCUCUCUCUCUCUCUUCCCCCUCUCUCUCUCUUCCUGUCUCUCUCUCUCACUCUCAGACUCACUCUCUUUUCUCUCUUCUGUAUUCUCUCUCCUUGUCUAUCUUUCUAAUAAUCUCUCACUUUAAUGCUUUUUUUCCCUCUCUCACUUUAACUCUCUUUCUGUCUCGUUCUCUAAUACUCUUACUAUCUCUCAUUCUCUCUCUCCCUUUUAUAAUCACUCUUUCUGUCUCUCUCUCUCUCUCUCUCUCUCUCUCUUUCUCUCUCACACAUUGACGCUGGAGGUGUGUUCAGUCGUGCGCACAAACACAGUGACUGUCCUACACCCCCCUCUGCACAUGCUCAGGUGUGUGUGUGUGUGUGUGUGUGUGUGUGAGUGAAUGUGAGUGUGAGAUUCACACCGUUGUUGCCUUAAACACAAAUCUGCACUCCUCCGUCUCUCUUUCUCUCUCUUCUCAUGGAAUUUUAUGGAUUUUUAAUUACUGCCUGAGGAACUUCCUGGUCUCACAACACCAGGUCUGAGGCCCAGAGGAUCAUGGGUAAUGGAUCACGGUCCCAGCUGAGUGGUAAAGACUCUGUGGAGUUCUCCGGUGAAGGGGAGGUCCUGAUGUUACGCCACAUGUCAUGUACUGUAAACAUUAGGGACUAAAGGACUUUUUUUUUUUUUUUUUAUAUAUAACUUUUAUAACUUCAACUGCUGCUUUACAUAUCCGUACAACAUCCUCUCUCUCUCUCUCUCUCUCUCUCUCUCCUCACUACAUCAUGGCCUUUAUAGAAGAACUUUAACACUCUGAGCUGUGGAGGUUUUUUUCUGCAUAAAGGAUUUGUGGCAAAGAAAUCGUAAUUUUUCUCGUAAAACAGAAAUCAGAACCGUAAUUUAGGACGUUUUGUCGACGUAAAAGAAUCACAGUACAGCAAAAUAUUUACAGUAAUUUACAUCUUGAUAGUUAAUUAUUAGCGUUAGCUGUAAAUUGCUAAAGCACACAGUUACGAUUUCAGUUCUUACCGAAACAUUAUUCGCUAUCGUGACGUUUUAAAGGGGCGUGGCCAAGUAGGAGCUCCAGAAAGCUGAAAGGAUGGGGCAAGAAAUCACAUACGGUGCUUAAAUGAUAUCACAUAAGCUUCAUUAAACUUUUUUCACCAUAAAAAUAUGGAGUAACUCUUAGUUAAAGCUGCAACAAUGGGCUGUUUUUGGACAUUAGCUCAAGAUAAAUAGCUAGCUAAAUAGCUAAUAGCUACAAAAAAUAGGAUAUUAAAUAUAGCUAGCUGGUUAGAGCAAAGCUUGCUAGCUUGGUAGUUAGCCAACUACUAUUGCUCUUUUGAACUAUAACCUACGCAAUGCUAAUUUCUGCCACGCCCAUCUCCGCGACUCCGAGUACCGCUCCAAACUAUCGAGAUUAUAUACGAGACGAAUGUGUAAAUAAUAUCUUGCAAACGUUACACGUGAAAUUUGUGUUAUAGUUACGGAAUUUUGAAAUCAGCUACAGAUUUGCGAUUGUUAAAAUUACGACUUACCUGGGGGCGUGUCUAUGUGCGUGGGGGGCCGGGCGAUUGGCUUUCGUGUGAUUUGUAGCUAUUUUGGCCAUUUGGAUGUUUUUAGGGAUUAGAGAUUAGGGUUUAGGGAAAAUCUUUAGGACUCCACAGUGACAUGAUGGACCUUGCAGUGCCACAUAUUUAACGUAAUGUAAUUUUUUUUUCUUUUUCAAAUUGAUGGUAAACUAAAUAACGAGUCUCCUCGUUGGCAAAAAAAAGCAAAAAAAAAAAAACAACUGACAGAUCGAUGCUCUGAAAUGUAAUGUACGUUCAGCUUCAGGACUUUUUACCCGUCUGUAAUCGACUUCUUCCAUUUUGAUACCGAACUUUUUUUUUUAUGACCGUUUACGAUAUCGUCACGUCAUCGCAGCGUGAACGUGUUCCUCAGCUGAAGCGAAGAUUCCAUCUAGCUUUUUUUUUUGAUUAAACUUUUUGUGCCGAACAGAAUCAUGGGACUUCUCCGACACUUCGAAGAAAGCCCCAGGAAUGUAAACAUUAAAAUAACGAUAACGAACACGACCUAAAGUUAAAAUAAAAUAACGGACGUAUUCCUGUCGCUUCCUCCUGAACGAGCGCAGAGAGAGUGAUAAUAUUUCAGGUUUCCAAAAGAAAAUUGCAGUUAGGUUGUGCACCUGUUUAUCGGCACAUGCCUCCUUAAACGUUUUUAUUCGUACGAUGCUAAUAUCUGAUUUUUUACCUGAUCGUAAAUCUGAUUUAUUGCGUUUUCAGUUCCCAUAAUGCAUCACAUUAGUAUGUUUUGUAUAGUUUUUUUUUUUUUUUUCUAAUAAGCUUGUGACCACUUUUAGUUAUGAAUGAGUUAAUGUAAUAGAUGAAGGGGAAUAACUGGACGACUGUAACACACACUCUGAAAACGCUAAACAUCCAGACGUCGUUAUCACCGAUGGCGGUAACGAGCAGGGCCCAGGGUGUCGUUUCAGGUACCGCUGCUAGCGUAGGGAACCUAUUUAGGGCACAUCUCCUUUAGGUUUGGCGUUAAGCCGUUAGUUCAAGUGUCUUUAUACAUAUCGAGUGCUGAUUGUUUGCGUUUUUAUUUUUAGACUUCGAAAGUUAUUGAAUAUUGAACUUUCUCCAGUUAGCCUAAAAGUGGUUUAAGUUAUCCAGAUAAACAUGAAGCACGAGAUUGCUCGCAUUAAAUCACCACUAGUUUCUCUUUUUCACUUCUUCGGCUUAGCACAAAGUACCGAUGUUAAUUACACUUUAUAACGUUUCAGCUAACAUAACGUUUCAGUGCUAACGUGAGCUGACCGGCAAAGCUAAAGUUGUCGUAAUUUGUAAUUAAACCAGUAUUUCUCUGUCGAGACGAAGAAGCGAACCUAGUGGUGAUGUCAUCAAGCUGAUCACAUAUGCUGACCAAGUUUAACUUAAGCUCCACCCCUUGUUGACCCAGGGAUGCCUUGCGUCGUGUCGUGUCGUGUUGCGUUCCGCGUCAGUGUCUUCGAGGGUUAUCUAACCGUCACAGUUGCUACGGAGACCGAGGGUUUGUCCUCGUCAUGUUUUGAACCAACGCCGGGUUUCAACGUCGAUCUCGUUUUUCAUAUCACAAUAACGAACUUUUUAGUCACGGUGUACGAUAUCAUCACGAUUGUGGAAUUAUGGGAUUUGACUUCGCUCCGUAAUGAUUUGCCUCCGUACCGUGCGUUAAAUAUCAUGAUAUAAUCGUGAUGAUGAUCGACACGCCUGGUGUGUGCACCGAGCUCCACGCUGAUGGAGUGUUUUAUCUAAACGUGCCUACAUUUGAGUGAGUGAGUGUGUGUGUGUGUGUGUGUGUGUGUGUGUGUGUGAGAGAGAAUUUGGGUGAUUGUGAUUUUUGGUGGUAGAGGGACAUUGUGAUUAUUUUUGUAAUAAAUUCUGCACAUGGUUACAUAGUGGCCUUAUAAUAAAGAUUAAUAAAGUAAAUGUUUAUCAAACUG